CAUAAACCCUUCUAUGCACAUUUAUUUAUAAAUUCUUUCUCUUCCUCUCAAUCUAUCUCCUUUUAGUUUUACACAAACAAAUCUCAACCCAAAAUUGUCUCCUACUUUCUCUUUCCCAUCUUUUCUCUUCUGGGUUCCUUUCAAAAUUGUGUCUUUUUAACCCAAUUUUGUCAAUUCAAACCCCCAAACAAAAACCCUAAUUCCCAAAUUAAGCGUUUUUAGACCCUUUCUUUUAAAAUUCUUUUCAUUUGACUCUUCUUCUUCUUGUUCUCUUCAAUACCUGCAAACCCAUUUUUGUUAUACAAGUGUUUAUGGAGGGAAUACCGCACCCAAUACCCAGAACUGUAGAGGAAGUCUUCGGCGACUUCAAGGGCAGACGAGCUGGCUUGAUCAAGGCUUUAACUACUGAUGUUGAGAAGUUUUACCAGCAGUGCGAUCCUGAAAAGGAGAAUUUGUGCCUAUACGGACUUCCUAAUGAGACAUGGGAAGUUAACCUGCCUGUUGAGGAAGUGCCUCCCGAGCUUCCUGAGCCAGCUUUAGGUAUAAACUUUGCAAGGGAUGGAAUGCAGGAGAAAGACUGGUUAUCAUUGGUUGCAGUGCAUAGCGAUUCCUGGUUGCUUGCUGUUGCAUUCUACUUUGGUGCACGCUUUGGAUUUGGUAAGAAUGAAAGGAAGAAACUCUUCCAGAUGAUAAAUGAACUCCCAACCAUCUUUGAAGUUGUGACAGGAAAUGUUAAGCAACCAAAAGACCAAUCUGCUGCUACUCACAAUAGUGGCAAAAGCAAAUCGAGCGGGAAGGUGCAGUCUCGUCAACCUGAGCACCAGAACAAGGCAGUGAAGAUGUCUCCACCACCGAAGGACGAAGAUGAUAGUGGGGAGGAAGAGGAAGAAGAUGAUGAGCAGGGUGCCACUUGUGGGGCAUGCGGGGAUAACUAUGGCACUGAUGAAUUCUGGAUUUGCUGUGAUGUGUGCGAGAAAUGGUUCCAUGGUAAAUGUGUAAAGAUUACACCUGCAAAGGCCGAGCAUAUUAAGCAGUACAAGUGCCCCAGUUGCAGUAGCAAGAGGGCUAGAGUUUAAAGUUAGAUCUGAAGGUGGGAGUGCAACACUAAUUAAACUUAGUGGACGAGGAUUAGAACUUUUUUUUCAUUACAGUUUGAAAGUAAAACAGAUUACCUGUUUCUAGUUAAUGAAUUUUUAACCUUCUGGUUCCUGUUCUGUUUAAUUUCUGUGGAAUUGUGUUUUCAAAUAGUUGCUGGCAUUUAUAAAUAUAAAUGUUGAUGCA